CCCCGCCGGCAGCCCGAAGGGCAAGGUAACGGCCACGGGGUCGCUGUCGCGACCUCCUCCUGCCCGGGGCUCCAGUCCCCUGGGUCCCAAACUCCGUCUCGCCGACCCUCGACUCCCCCAGACCCCGGCCCUAGCCUGACGAGAUCCGCAGCCUCCUGAGGCGUUCUGGCCCCGGAUUCUCCCGGGCCCGGUCCUCCGAUUCUCCUCGCCUACGAAGCAUCCCGCCUGAUUGCCAUCGCUGCCGGCAGCCCCAUCCCAGGGCAGGCCGUCUGUCCAGGAGGCUGGCCCAUCAAGCUCAUCAGCACAGUGGUGACUGCUGUGGCAGGGGCAGCAGGGGCCCACGGCAGAGCAGCCUGGCAGGUCAGGGAUGACGUCUCAGAUGGGCACCAUCAGCACCAGCUGUGGCUCUACCAAUGACCCUGUGAGUAUCGGGAAUCUCUGGUGGCCCUAGGGGCCUUGUCCCGGAGUGGCCUUCCUGCCGGCCCUCAGCAUGGCAUCCGACACUCCUGAGUCCCUGAUGGCCCUCUGCACCGACUCCUGCCUGCGCAACCUGGAUGGCACCCUGGGCUACCUGCUAGACAAGGAGACCCUGCGGCUGCAUCCCGACGUCUUCCUGCCCAGCGAGAUCUGUGACCGGCUCGUCAAUGAGUAUGUGGAGCUGGUCAACGCUGCCUGCAACUUUGAGCCACACGAGAGCUUCUUCAGCCUUAUCUCGGACCCCCGCAGCACCCGCCUCACUCGUAUCCACCUCCGUGAGGACCUGGUGCAGGACCAGGACCUGGAAGCUAUUCGCAAGCAGGACCUGGUGGAGCUGUACCUGACCAACUGCGAGAAGCUGUCCGCCAAGAGCCUGCAGACACUGCGGAGCUUCAGCCACACCCUGGUGUCCUUGAGCCUCUUCGGCUGCGCAAACAUUUUCUACGAGGAGGAGAACCCGGGGGGUUGUGAAGACGAGUGCCUCGUCAACCCUACCUGCCAGGUGCUGGUGAAGGACUUCACCUUCGAGGGCUUCAGCCGCCUGCGUUUCCUCAACUUGGGUCGCAUGAUCGACGGGGUCCCUGUAGAGUCCCUGCUGCGGCCCCUCAGCUCGCUGGCUGCCUUGGACCUCUCAGGCAUUCAGACCAGUGAUGCCGCCUUCCUGACCCAGUGGAAGGACAGCCUGGUGUCCCUUGUGCUCUACAACAUGGACCUGUCGGACGACCACAUCCGUGUCAUUGUCCAGCUGCACAAGCUGCGACACUUGGACAUCUCCCGAGACCGCCUCUCCAGCUACUACAAGUUCAAGCUGACCCGGAAGGUGCUGAGCCUCUUUGUGCAGAAGCUGGGGAACCUCAUGUCCUUGGACAUCUCUGGCCACAUGAUCCUGGAGAACUGCAGCAUCUCCAAGAUGGACGAGGAAGCGGGCCAGACCAGCAUCGAGCCUUCCAAGAGCAGCAUCAUGCCCUUCCGGGCUCUGAAGAGGCCGCUGCAGUUCCUUGGGCUCUUCGAGACCUCCCUGUGCCGCCUCACGCACAUUCCGGCUUACAAGGUAAGUGGUGACAAAAACGAGGAGCAGGUGCUGAACGCCAUUGAGGCCUACACAGAGCACCGGCCCGAGGUCACGUCGCGAGCCAUCAACCUGCUCUUCGACAUCGCACGCAUCGAGCGCUGCAGCCAGCUCUUGCGGGCGCUGGAGCUAGUCAUCACAGCUCUCAAGUGCCACAAGUAUGACAAGAACAUCCAAGUGACAGGCAGCGCCGCCCUCUUCUACCUGACCAACUCUGAGUACCGCUCCGAGCAGAGUGUCAAGCUGCGCCGGCAGGUCAUCCAGGUGGUGCUGAAUGGCAUGGAAUCCUACCAGGAGGUGACGGUGCAGCGGAACUGCUGCCUGACCCUCUGCAACUUCAGCAUCCCCGAGGAGCUGGAAUUCCAGUACCGCCGCGUCAACGAGCUCCUGCUCAGCAUCCUCAACCCCACGCGGCAGGACGAGUCGAUCCAGCGCAUCGCCGUGCACCUGUGCAACGCCCUGGUCUGCCAGGUGGACAACGACCACAAGGAGGCUGUGGGCAAGAUGGGCUUCGUGGUGACCAUGCUGAAGCUGAUUCAGAAGAAGCUGCUGGACAAGAUGUGUGACCAGGUCAUGGAGUUCUCCUGGAGCGCCCUGUGGAACAUCACGGACGAGACGCCCGACAACUGCGAGAUGUUCCUCAACUUCAACGGCAUGAAGCUCUUCCUGGACUGCCUGAAGGAAUUCCCAGAGAAACAGGAACUUCAUCGGAACAUGCUGGGACUUCUGGGCAACGUGGCAGAGGUGAAGGAGCUGCGACCUCAGCUGAUGACUUCCCAGUUCAUCAGUGUCUUCAGCAACCUGCUGGAGAGCAAGGCCGAUGGGAUCGAGGUGUCCUACAACGCCUGUGGUGUCCUGUCCCACAUCAUGUUCGAUGGGCCUGAGGCCUGGGGCGUCUGCGAGCCCCAGCGGGAGGAGGUGGAGGAGCGCAUGUGGACGGCCAUCCAGAGCUGGGACGUCAACUCGCGGAGAAACAUCAACUACAGGUCGUUUGAGCCAAUUCUCCGCCUUCUUCCCCAGGGCAUCUCUCCUGUCAGCCAGCACUGGGCAACCUGGGCCCUGUACAACCUCGUGUCUGUCUACCCCGACAAGUACUGCCCCUUGCUGAUCAAAGAAGGUGGGAUGCCCCUCCUGAGGGACACAAUCAAGAUGGCCACCGCCCGGCAGGAGACCAAGGAAAUGGCCCG